UUUGAUUCUUCGACUUGGCUUUCAUCACAUCGGUGCCGACAGCAAAAAAAAAUAAUAAUUUGUCUAAUCAUAGUCUUAAUGCUCAGUGAACAAAAAAUGGGGUGUUUUUUAUUCCAGUUUGAAAAAUAUACUUGUCUUAACCUGAUAUCAUGUCAUUAUCCAUUUAUUUGUUCAAUAGUUUUUACGGGAAACCCACCAGCUGACAUUGAUCCGGUAUGUUGUAAUUUUGCAACAACAAUGAUGUAAUUAGAGGCGCCUGAGUAGUGUUCCAAAACAUCCUUGGCAUCCAUGCGACAGACAAAUUAGAGAAGCUGCACUUCCUAGUGGUGGAAGUUUGUCAGAUGUCGCACGUUUUCCUUUCUCAAGUUUUCUUAUAAACACGCGAGCCGUGGCCUGUAUUCGUCACUUCUCUGGAGUGGCUAUUGACAAAGUAUGGCGCUGAGGUCCAACUCCUGUUUACACAUUAUGACAAAAUUCCGAUCUCCAUGGUUGGCCCGCAGCACCAAACAACAAACAAAACACAGCUUAAUGUCCAAGCGGAAGGCAAUCAUGACACUGAUUGACUUGCAUCCUUGUUAUGACCAAUUCAAAACAGCCCUGUGUCACAAAAUAACAACAAAAAUGUACUUUUUACUUAUUAUUUGUAUAAAUUACUGCUUGAUACGUAAUACGUCAACUGUGAAUGCAUCAUCUCAGUCACGUUUACACAGCGUGAAGUAAAUCCUAACAGCUAAGUAGCACCACAGAUUGAUUUCAUUCUUUCUGGGAGUUGAAUGCCAACAGGCCGUUUUACAGUUUACUAUUCGGAUUACACCAUUUAAUGCUCAGUUUUAUUUUUCAUCCAGAAAGACUUUCGAAAAUCAGAGUGGCGUUAAGACAGUGCCAUGUGGGGUGCCCAUUUCGUGGUGGCAGCUCUCCUCUCCAAACAGGACAUAAGUAGAUGCAGUAAAAUGAAUAAAAACACAUGAUUGUAAUAUUUAACAGUAUAAACUCUGCUCUUAAUUUGUGUCAUAAUAUAAAAGUAGACUUUUCAUGCUCUCAUCUUUCAGGAAACAAUGCGGCAGGUGGUCCAUGAGUCAGUUCCUCAUGCAUGAACCCAUGCAUGGUAAUGAACUCAGGUGCAGAGGGGCCUCUGCACUGGCCUCUAGAUCCUCUGCAAACGAGCCUCGUCAAAGGGGACUACCACUACUACCAUUACGGCUGCGAUGGACAAGAUGACAGAGGCUGGGGGUGUGGAUACCGCACCAUACAGACUAUGGCUUCCUGGCUGGGAUAUAAUGUGAAACCUCGAAUCGAAAACAAACCUCCACCGAGCAUUCCAGAGAUCCAACAAGCCUUAGUGUCCAUGAUGGACAAACCGAGCUCAUUUCUGGGUUCUAAUGAGUGGAUUGGGACAUUUGAAGCCUCUCUGGUGCUCUCUUAUUUUUAUGAUGUUCCCUGUAAGUUGCUGCAUAUCAGAAGUGGAGGAGAGUUGGAGCAGAACGCCGUAGAAGAGCUGCAUCAGCACUUUGGGAAACGCGGAUGUCCUGUCAUGAUGGGUGGGGAAAGGGACAACUCGUCAAAAGGGGUUUUCGGGGUGUGCACCGGGGCCGCUGGGAGCUACCUGCUAAUCGUGGACCCCCACUACUAUGGAGGUCAGUUGGAGAGCGGAGAGGCACAAAGGCGAGGCUGGGCAUCGUGGAAAAGAUUGGCGUCUUUCAAUCAGUCUUCUUUUUAUAAUCUGUGUUUACCUCAGACUGACAGAAACCACACCUGAACUCGUAAAAUGGACAUUGUGUGCUGCUCGUGAUCAAUGAAGUAAACGUAUGUUAUCAAAGUUUUGUUUAGCUCAUUUGUUUCUUUCAAACUUAGGGUACUAAAAAUCCAAAAUUGACAUUGAGAAAAGUGUCACAAUCUACAUUGAAUCCCAAAAUAAACGCAAGAGUUGUUUUUCAAACAACUGUUUGUUUUUACUUAAUUCGGUUAUCCAGUCUGUGCAAAAUAGCUUUUUACGAAGCAUAUAGUUAAAUUAGUUGCUACAGGACGAACCUUUUCAGUAAAGGCUGGUAAAUCUAGUAGCAAAAGUGCUGAAUGGGCCUCUUUGAUUUUUUUUCACGGCAGAUUUCGCAAUAUAUUCUGCAAAUCGUACGGUAGUUGCCUAUAUGUGCGAUCUCUGAAGCAGAAGUUUUAUUGACUCAUUUGUACUGAACUUCAUUCCGUGGUUGUUCAACAGUCCCCUCUGUUGAACAAAAACCGCUACUACAGGACUAGGAUGAUCUGAAGUUUCGUGGUUUAGUACUGUAUUAAAGUUUCACGCUUUAACAUGCCAUGUUAUCACGUUCAAACAUGACAAGUUUGAGUUUGACUUCCGCGUAUGGCAAAACCAAAGGUAUUAUUUCCGGUACAGGUCGUUGGCGGUGUUCUUUUUGUGAAUGAUGUGGAUUUAAGACAUUUUGAUGCCAAUUAAAGUUUUAAUUUUA